ACGGAUUUCACUUCCGACAAAUCCCCAGUUGCGGCCAUGAGCGAACCCGAUGAUCUGUUCACGCUGAAGAACCAGUUCUGGGUCGGCAACUACCGCAAUGCCAUCCAAGAAGCUACUGUAUUGAACCACGUGUCCGAAGCGACCAAGCUGGACCGGGACAUCUACGUCCAUCGAUCGCACCUCGGCCUGCGGAACUAUGCCGCAGUUUUGUCGGCGAUCCCUGACGACGUCGCGUCCAUCUCAUUGAACGCUAUCAAGUUAUAUGCUACGUACCUAAACGGAGGGGAUGCAGAGAUCACGUUGCUUACCGUGCGUGAGUGGCUUGGCUCGCAACACAGCGAGAAUCCUCACUUGCUCCUCGUCGCAGGGUUGAUCUUCAUGCGAGAACACAAAUUCUCCGACGCCCUUUCCGCCUUCCUUAAGGGAAAGACCUUGGAGCACUCGAUGUAUGCCGUGCUCAUCUAUCUCAAGAUGGAUCGCGUAGACCUCGCGGAGAAGCAAGUGGGGGACAUGAAACGCAUCGACGAAGACGCGACGACGACGCAAUUGGCGCUCGCAUGGACGUUGGUUGCCCGAGGCGGGAAUGCAUGCGAUGAAGCGGCUCUCCAUUUCCAGGAACUUGGUGAUCGAUUUGGCGCGUCAGCGUGGCUGUUGAACGGUUCUGCCGCCGCGUUCAUGGGCCUUGCCAACUUUGCCGAAGCCGACCGAUUGCUGCUGGAGGCCGUGUCCAAGGACCCGACGUUCGAGGACACAUACGUCAACUUGAUUGCGACGGCGCAGCACCUGAAGAAGGGCCAAGACACGAUCCAGCAGUACCUCGCGCAGCUGCAGCAAGUCGCCCCCACGAACGCGUGGCUGGAGUCGUACUUGCGCUUGGAGAGUGGCUUCAACCGCCUCGCGGCCACGUAUGUAUAGACAGGCACUGACUAAUAUGUACGAACCACGUCAUUCGUCUCUCGAAUACGAUGAUGGCCCAAUUCUAUGUCGAGUUAGUUAUUACCACAUACUUCCUCUGUUCCAGGUUUUUACUUUGAAAGGGAAUUGCAUGAAUUUUCGCAAAAGAUUGGUUUAUAAU